UCUCAACUAAGAAAACCUGGAGUUCUGCUCAAACGUACUGCAGGGAAAACUACCUUGACUUGGCAACGAUUGAGAACCAGCAGGAAAACGMUGWAGCUAAAARGUUGAUACCGACCUCAGACAUGAGUUGGAUCGGUCUGUACCGAGUGCCGUGGACUUGGUCCGAUGGGAGCCCCAGCUCGUUCAGACACUGGACCUCUACCGGGCCAACAAACAGCGACGGUACUCUGCACUGCGCCACUGAGAAUAAUUUACAUGAGUGGAGUGAUGCAAACUGUGAUGCUCCCCAUGUUUUCAUCUGCCAUCAAGUGACAAAGAAGGUCAGCCUUGUGAAGAUGACGACUGUGACCGAUGCYGACCUGACCGAUCCGGACAUCAGCGCCCGGCUCCUCCAGCAGCUUGGCGCCUUACUGACAAGUCAGGGRUGGACUGAUUUCAAAAUACAGUGGAAGAUUACACCCAAGAAAGAAGGACAAAAAUGAAAGCGCAGGACAUCAGUGUGAUUAAUGUUSUCUGCAUAUUUAUACUCUGUACAGAACUCGAACCACUGUUGGUGAUAAUACAGUAAAUCUGUCUCUAUAGAACMAAAAAUAACUAUCCUCUGUAAUUAACAAUCAUUUUAAUGUCAGCGUAAUGCUUUUAAAGUUUUCAUCUGAUUAAUUUACUAAUCACUUGAUGAUGAUUUUAAACUUGAAGCCAGAAGGAUAUCUAUAUGCAAAAGUCACACUUCACAUGUUUUUACGCUUCCAGCCCAAUGUUUGAAAAUUCUCCUUUGGGGAUCAAUAAACUGUUUUUGAAUUGAA